AUGGCGUCAGAGAGUCCGUCAACAUCUCCACCAGCUGUUGCUGGAAGAUCUUUUUUCAUCGAAAACUUGUUAAAUCAUUCGGAUAACACAAAGAAAGAAAAGCAUCCUGACGGCUUAGCAGGCAAUAUUUCGAAUUAUCCCUUUUACACUUCAUCAUUUUCAUUUGUUCCUCGCGCUGUGCCUCAGCUUUCCUGCGAUGGACUAAACUUCCCUCUGAGUACCAAUCUCUCGAAAUUCAACAUUGGUGAAAUGUACUAUCCUCACUCAGUGAAAUUUAUUGGUCAGUUUCCAGUUUCAAACAGCAGACAUCCAUUGGGCGAGGAGCCUUUCAAGAUAAGACGAAGGAGGCCAAUGAAGAAAAGGAAGCAGCGUCCAUUGUUUUCAGCCAACCAGAUCGAGAUCAUGGAGAAGGAGUACGCGAAAUGCCGGUAUGUAACUGAAAGCAAGCGAGCAGAGUUGGCUUCAGACUUAAAUCUGACGGAGACGCAAGUAAAAACCUGGUUUCAGAAUCGACGAACAAAGUCGAAGAGGGAAGCUCAAGACAGACGAAAACGUUCGUCUUCGGAAAUCAGAUGUAGUCCCUUUGAAUUUUGUGACCGACAUUCGUUCCAAAGUGACUGGAGAUUUCUCAGCCGGGAACAUGGGGUACAUCUAGUCUCAUAUGCCCUAAGUAAUCCGUCAUAUUUGCCUUUUCAAGGCCGUUUACUUGGAUUAUAAGACAGUUUUUAAAUUGACCCUGAAUAUACGUAUGAAUAAAAACAGAUGGAAGUGUAAAGCAACUGAAGAAAUCUCCUAUCUAUCGGUUUGAAGAACUCUCCGCGUCACAUCUGCGUUCAUAAUUCGGCUAGGUUGUUGUAAUAACGCAACAUGCAAUUGAAUUCUCACUACCUUCAAUUGUCAACAUGCAUCCUAUAACUUCCAGUAUAUAACCUCGGUUGCUAUAUGUGUGACACAGCUAAAUGGGCCAUAUUGUAACUUAACUUUUUUUUGCGGUUUUGGUGCACGUCGAGAUGAGUGCCGUUAUUAACAGGCACACAAUUGACAGUAUUUACCUUCAUAACUAUUUGCUUUUUAUUUCGAAAGUAUCAGGAUCGUGGUCUUUCAACGGACAAAAUAACAAUGGAAUUUACAGAUUGGAAGUAAUAGUAACAGAAUAAAGAGAUCCCACCGGUUUUAGGGAUAAACACAGUAAAUUACACCUCUAUGGGUUGAUUGUCUAUGAUGAAAUGGAUGUACAUCCACAAUUAUUGUAUGGAAUAAGUUAUAAAUUCACCAGAUAUUGAAAUUUUAAAGCUGUUCCCAGCAUGCAUUAGUUUACCUUCAUGUAUAAGUUGGUCUUGUUAGUUGAGAAUUUUCCCAUAUCAUAAAACUUUUGAAUCUGCUGAGACACCUACUUCCUCGCCAUGAAUUUCAUGCUGAUAUUGCUCAC